AACAAACCGGAUCAGCUCCGAACAAAACAAACAGAAACGAAACGCACACAGAUGCUACUGCCCGCACAUUCAGCAGCAGAAGCUCAUUCAUUGCAAAAGGAGUUUGAGGUUUCUUUGUAUCUGCAUUAAAUAAACUAAGUUUGCGUAUAAUAUUCUUGAACGGGACUAAGUUAAGCGCACAUGCUUUCGCGCGUUCCCGUUUAGCUAUCUGCUAACCGCUAAUCGACCGGGGUCAGGGAGUUCCUCCUUCGAUCAGAUUCUCACUCGAGCCCGAGGUUCCAGAGGCCUUCGAGAUAACAGCAACAGAGGAGCAGAAUGUCAGACUCGGACAGUGAUGAGGACCAGGACCGGCCCUUCCACCUAACAGGGUUUCUCUUUGGAAACAUAAAUGAGAAUGGACAGCUGGAAGAUGACAGUGUGCUGGAUACGGAGUCAAAGAAGCACCUAGCUGGUCUGGGCACUCUGGGUUUGGGUUCACUUAUUACAGAGAUCACAGCCAGUGAGGAGGACACGGCUGAGCAAGAGCAAGACCAGAGCAACACUGAUGCAGAGGGAUGGGUAAGGAGCACAGAAGAUGCAGUUGAUUACUCUGAUAUCAGUGAAGUUGCAGAAGAUGAAACCCGCAAAUACAGACAGGCCAUGGGCAACCUGCAGCCAUCACGGAGAACAGACGAAGAGGAAGAUUAUGAUGCUGAUUGUGAAGAUGUUGAUGCCAAACUCAUGCCGCCUCCCCCUCCCCCUAGUCAGCCAACCCCUGCCAAGAAAGAAGACACAGCCACUCAGAACAGCAGUGUGACAGAUGAAGGUGAUGGCAUUAUCCUACCUUCCAUCAUCGCUCCAUCGUCGGUGGGUGAUAAGGUUGAUUUCAGCAGUUCAUCAGACAGCGAGAGUGAGAGCGAUCGACCGUCUCAGGGUUCAGGGUCAGGAGGACAGGCAAGGUGUCUUACCCUCCCUCUUGCGGGCAUUAUGCAGAAAGAUGCUGCUAAAGCCCUGCCUGGAGUCACAGAGCUGUUCCCUGAGUUCAGACCUGGAAGGGUGUUGCGGUUCUUGCGGUUGUUUGGUCCUGGUAAGAACAUGCCAUCAGUAUGGCGAAGUGCUCGCAGGAAACGGAAACGGAAGCAGAGAGAGCCACAGUCAGACAUGGCUACAGGUGACAACGAAUCACAGCCACCUGAGCCAGGGGCUAAGAAAAAGUCAGGAUGGGACUAUGAGUAUGCACCACCUCCACCACCAGAGCAGUGCUUGUCUGAUGAUGAGAUCACCAUGAUGGCUCCGGUGGAGUCUAAGUUCCUGCAAGUGUCUGGUGAAGGUGAUAAGGUAUCUGAGGUAAGGCCAAAGGUGGCUGAGUGGCGUUAUGGUCCAGCACAGCUUUGGUACGACAUGCUUGGUGUCCCAGAGGAUGGCAGUGGCUUCCAUUAUGGGUUUAAACUCGGAGAUGACCAAAAGCAAGACACUACUGAUACAGCAGCUAAAACUGCAAACCCUCCAGCUGCUGAACCAGACAGUGAGCAGGAACCACCCCAAGAAGCACAUGCUGAGGAGGAUGAGGCGUCUCCAAUGCAGGAUGAGUUGUUUUUAAUGGUGACCCAGCUGCAGUGGGAGGAAGAUAUCAUCUGGAAUGGAGAAGAUGUGAAACACAAGGGCACUAAAACUCAGCGCGCCAGUCUGGCUGGGUGGCUGCCUACUAGCAUGACCCGUAAUGCCAAUGCUUACAAUGCUCAGCAGGGUCUAAGUCGCAGUAAUUCUCUGUUGGUUCCUCCAACCCCACCACCUUUGGCCAAAACUCUAUCAAUAUCAGGCUCAAAGAGGGACAAACAUAAUCAUGAUCAUCAAGCCGCUCAUGAGGAUGACACCCCAUGGUUCUCCAUAUUCCCGAUUGAUAACGAGGAGCUUGUUUAUGGCCGUUGGGAAGAUAACAUAAUCUGGGAUGACCAGCGCAUGGACUGCCUCCCUUCUCCUCCCAUUCUCACCCUUGACCCCAAUGACGAAAACAUCAUACUCGAGAUUCCAGAUGAAAAAGAAGAGAGAGCCUCUCAUUCACCCUCAAAAGAAAACAAGAAAGAGACCGCACUGAAAAAAAGUCGCAUUCUGUUGGGAAAGACUGGUGUCAUCAAAGAUGAACCUCAACAGAAUAUGUCCCAACCAGAGAUUAAAGAUCCUUGGAAUCUGUCCAACGAUGAGUUCUACUACCCCAAACAGCAGGGGCUUAGGGGCACCUUUGGUGGAAACAUCAUCCAGCACUCCAUUCCUGCUGUUGAGUUGAGGCAGCCUUUCUUCCCCACUCAUAUGGGACCUAUGAAACUACGGCAGUUCCAUCGACCCUCCCUUAAAAAGUACUCAUUUGGAGCACUGUCCCAGCCUGGCCCACAUCCAAGCCAGCCUCUCCUCAAACACAUCAAGAAGAAAGCUAAGAUGCGAGAGCAGGAACGUCAGGCAUCAGGUGGAGGGGACAUGUUUUUUAUGCGCACAGCUCAGGAUCUGACGGGCAAAGACGGAGACCUGAUUUUGGCUGAAUAUAGCGAGGAGUAUCCUCCCCUUCUCAUGCAAGUUGGCAUGGCAACCAAAAUCAAGAACUACUACAAAAGAAAACCAGGUAAAGAUCCAGGAGCACCUGACUGUAAGUACGGAGAGACUGUUUACUGUCACACUUCACCAUUCCUGGGAUCAUUGCACCCUGGACAACUACUGCAGGCCUUUGAAAAUAACUUGUUCAGAGCACCCAUCUACCUACAUAAGAUGCCUGAGACUGAUUUCCUGAUUAUACGGACAAGGCAGGGCUACUUCAUCCGAGAGCUUGUGGAUAUAUUUGUUGUGGGUCAGGAGUGCCCUCUCUAUGAAGUGCCAGGACCCAACUCUAAACGAGCCAACACACACAUUCGAGAUUUUCUACAGGUGUUCAUCUAUCGACUCUUUUGGAAGAGUAAAGAUCGCCCUCGUCGUAUUCGUAUGGAAGACAUAAAGAAAGCUUUUCCUUCUCACUCCGAGAGCAGCAUCCGUAAACGCCUCAAACUCUGUGCUGACUUUAAACGCACAGGCAUGGAUUCUAACUGGUGGGUGCUAAAACCUGAUUUUCGGCUUCCUACCGAAGAGGAGAUCAGAGCAAUGGUCUCUCCAGAGCAGUGUUGUGCAUACUACAGUAUGCAGGUGGCAGAGCAGAGACUAAAGGAUGCUGGCUAUGGUGAGAAGUCUUUUUUUGCACCUGAGGAAGAGAAUGAGGAGGAAUUCCAGAUGAAGAUUGAUGAUGAAGUACGCACUGCCCCGUGGAACACAACUCGGGCAUUCAUUGCAGCCAUGAAGGGGAAGUGUCUCCUGGAGGUCACAGGGGUCGCUGACCCCACUGGCUGUGGAGAAGGAUUCUCAUACGUUAAAGUCCCUAACAAACCCACGCAGCAGAAGGAUGAUCGAGAGCCCCAGCCAGUCAAAAAGACCGUGACAGGGACUGAUGCUGAUCUGAGACGUUUGUCGCUCAAAAAUGCCAAACAGUUGCUCCGCAAGUUUGGAGUUCCUGAGGAAGAGAUAAAAAAACUUUCCCGUUGGGAGGUGAUCGAUGUCGUGAGGACCAUGUCUACUGAACAGGCUCGUUCAGGGGAGGGGCCUAUGAGUAAAUUUGCUCGUGGGUCUCGAUUCUCUGUAGCAGAACAUCAGGAACGUUACAAAGAGGAGUGCCAGAGGAUUUUUGACCUGCAGAACAAAGUAUUAGAGUCCACAGAGGUGUUAUCGACGGACACGGACAGCAGCUCAGCAGAGGACAGUGAUUUUGAGGAGAUGGGCAAGAACAUUGAGAACAUGCUGCAGAAUAAGAAGACCAGCUCUCAGCUGAGCAGAGAGAGAGAAGAACAGGAAAGAAAAGAACUGCAGCGGAUGCUUAUGGGAGAGGACAAUGACAGAGAAAGAGGCCGCAAAGAAAGACGCAAAGGCUCAAGUGCCCUUUCCACCAGCUCUCACAAAGAUGAUGACGCUUCCUCCGUCACUAGCCUGAACUCUUCAGCAACAGGGCGAAGGCUUAAAAUUUAUCGCACCUUCUGUGAUGAGGACGGCAAAGAGUAUGUGCGCUGUGAGACUGUACGCAAACCGGGUGUUAUUGACGCUUACUUGCGUAUACGCACGACUAAGGAUGAUGAUUUCAUUCGCAAGUUUGCACUAUUCGAUGAGCAGCACAGGGAGGAGAUGAGAAAGGAACGGCGAAGAAUUCAGGAGCAGCUGCGGCGCCUCAAACGAAACCAGGAGAAAGACAAAUUUAAAGGUCCACCUGAGAAAAAGGCAAAGAAGGCCAAAGAACGACCAGACCUGAAGCUGAAAUGUGGAGCUUGUGGUGCUAUUGGCCACAUGAGGACCAAUAAGUUUUGCCCAUUGUACUACCAAACCAAUGCCCCGCCCUCUAAUCCGGUGGCAAUGACAGAAGAGCAGGAAGAGGAGCUCGAGAAGACUGUGAUCCACAAUGACAAUGAAGAACUUAUUAAAGUGGAAGGAACCAAGAUUGUGCUUGGAAAGCAGCUCAUUGAGAGUGCUGAUGAAGUGCGGAGGAAAUCUCUGGUUCUGAAGUUCCCCAAGCAGCAGCUUCCUCCUAAAAAGAAGAGACGUGUGGGGACAACGGUAUAUGAUGUGUGUGAGAACAGUGUGUCUGUGAGUUUGCAGGGAGAUUCUAGUCUGUUAGCUGAGGCUACGCUAAUCCCUCCCACCCCUGAGAAAAGAGGGGGGCAGGGCCGUCACGGCAGAGGCCGAAUGGGUGAGGAGGAGUCUGAUGUGGACAUUGAAGGAUAUGAGGAAGAUGAUGAUGGAAAACCUAAAACACCUGCUCCGGCUGACGACGGUGAUCUGGAUGAUGAAGAUGAGGAUGAUGAAGAUGAUCUUCUAAUGCGGCCACAGAGGCAUAUGCAUAGGGAUGAGGAGGAGGAGGAGGAGGAGGACGAUGAAAGCUCCAGCCGGCCAGCACAUGCCAGUGUGCUCUACCAGGAUCUGCUGAUGUCAGAUGCAGAAGACGACGCUAGUGAGGAGGAAGGCGAUAAUCCAUUCUCCUCCAUCCAAUUGUCAGAGAGUGGCAGUGACAGUGAUGCCGAGCUGGGGCAUCAGGAGAGCACCCGGAUUGAACUAGAGCAGGAAGAGAGUAUGAUGUCUUACGAGGGGGAGGGACCUGAUGGGGUAAUGCACAUGGAGGACAGCAAUGUCAGUUACGGCAGUUAUGAUGAUGGAGACAGUCAGAUGCAUAGGCUUGUGUCUAGCCCCAGGACAGGAGAACGAGAUGGAGAGGAGGUGUAUGGGAUAAGUGAAGAGGAAGAAGAGGAGGAAGAUGAACGGAGACGAGGUCCUAGUGUUCUCACACAGGCACAGCUCAGUGAUGAUGAGGAGGACAGUGAAGAAUUCAGAUCCGUUGGCGGAGACAGUGACAUGGAUUCUGACAACUAACACACGCUUAUUCCUCUUCUGUUAUAUGUUGUGUGUGUGUAACUGUGUCCUGCAGGUGAUCAUGGUGUUGCACAUAACUGUAUAUUUCGUCCUGCUCUUAUGGUUGUGUUUUACAUGUUGUUAUUUUUAUAUGACUUAUUGAUCCUGUUUGAGGGACUCAGACAACUUUUGUGAUGUGAGAAAUAAAUCUUUAUGUAUCUGAA